AUGGAGUAUGAUUUUCCUUAUGUGGAGCUGCUGAGAAUCCUCUCUUAUCUGGACGGCUUCAGUUUGCUACAGGCUGCCCAAGUGAACAAGGACUGGAAUGCAAUUGCAAGCAGUGACAUCCUGUGGAAGAAGCUCUGUGUAAAGAGAUGGCUCUUCGGUGAGGACGUCACCCCGCAGCUCCUGGGCACAGAGACAUGGAAGCAGUUCUUUCAUUAUAAAACAUGGCAAGAACAUGCCAAGUCCCGGGCAAAGCCAGAAGAUUUCACUUACAAGGAAAUUUAUACGAAGACAUCAGGAUUUUGGGACCAUGCAUGUUAUCUCUCUGGGCGAGGCUUAAUAAGAAACCCACAAGACAGAUCAGUUGUCUGUAUCAUAAAUUCCGAUGCCGAGAUUUCCACCUGGGAUAUUUACAAGGGUAUUAUAAUUUCAAAAAUGUCAAAAUAUGGCACCUACAUCAAGAUGUUGACGACCCUUCCUGAGAUGCAAAUUGUGGUCACUGUAGAUAUAGUACAAACUAUCAAACUGUGGGACUGUCACAACACAGAAGCUCUGGCGGCUUACAGGCUGUUCUUUCCCUGUCAAUCACUGGAAGCUGUCUUUACAAAGGAUGGCCCGAUUGUCUUGGUAAGCGAUACCAUUGGUGACCUCUACAUCUUUAGGAUUCCCGACUUACACCUCAUUUCCAAAGUCCAUGCAUUUCAAUCCAGUAUUGAAGAACUCUACUGCUCUCCUCAGAAGAAAUGGGUCUUUCUCAGUAUGAAACACCAUCAAUGCGUCUUGCCAAGGGUAUAUUUCCUGGACAGCUUACUGAGAACAUCGGAAUUCUCUGCCCCUGUGUCUACCAUUCUCUCCUUCUCAUUAUACCAAGGAGCCUGCUGGACCCCAAGAAGGGAAGACAGGAUAACUCUAAUGUCCAGAAAAGCAUUCCAAAAUGUCACACAAUUUGCCACAUUUGAUAUGGAGCUGGAAGAGAUUGGGAAUCAACUAACUGUUAAAGGACAUUUGGUAGCAAGUUUCGAGUUACCACAUUUGGUAGAAAGUUUCCAGUUCCAAGGUUACCUAUACAGCCCAGAAUGGAUGGGAGUCAAUGACAAGAAUAUGAUUGUCUGUUCAACUAAGUACUCUGUCUUGGUCUUUAGCAUGGAGGGCUACAAUCUGCAGAGAUUUCAUCACUACCCACAAGAGAUUGUGGGACUAUCAGCGGACCCAGUUUAUGUCAUCGUCACCUUUAUUGAUGGCUCUUUGGAUGUGUACGCAUGGGAGGAGAGAAGCCUGCUGCUCAGGAGGUGUUAUCAGCUGCCAAACAGGAGGAGGUUUUGGAAACGGCCAUGCUCUUAUAACAAAACAUUAUGUGAUGAUGUGAGCAUAAUUCAACUGAUGACAAAUGGUCCCACCUCCAACUAUCUGAUGGCAUAUACCUUGAACAUAUGUUCUUGA